AUGGUGGUGGAGGUGUUGUUUGUUGGUGGUGGAAGAACGGAAGAAGCCAAUGAAACCCGCGGGUUCCCACUUAAGGCCGGAACUUCGUCAGCGUCAGCGCCAACCUCAACUCAACUUCAUCCCUUCUCACCACCAUAUAUAAACAAACAGGACCAGACGUCACAAUCGCACUUGGAGCUCGAUAUCAAACUCCUGCCUGUGCCCAAAAUGGCAUCUCCAACGACGUCUGCUCCAGCGGCGCCGUCGACGUACAAAGUCGACUCUUUUAAUCCUGCGGUCCUGGACCAUCUGAGGCGCAUCUACGAGUCGCUGCAGUCACAGGGACAGACGCCUACGGGACCGGACGGUGCAACCCUCUCUGCCUCUGCUCAUUUCUUGCAGAAUAUCCAAAAGGACCAGCAUUUCAAAGCUGACCAGCCUCGCGGUGGCCAGCAGCAUGGCGUUCUCGACAGCUUCUCAAGCUUCCUAGAUUACAUGUCAACUGCCUCAGCAAUGCCGCAGUUUUCAGACACACAGGCGUACGAAGAGGACCUGUCGUUUCCCAUGCCCAAUUAUUUCAUUAAUUCAAGCCAUAACACCUACUUGACUGGCAAUCAGCUAUACAGUGAGUCCAGUACAGAAGUAUAUAAGAAUGUAUGUGGCUGGAUUUGCUUUAAUGAUUUCUUUUCACCCCAUCCCCUUCUCCCCUUCCUUCUCCUGUUAUUCCUCCCCUAA